AUGACCGCAGGCAGCGCGCAAGAGAGAGACGGUGCCCCCACAACCACGACGCCAGCAUCGCCAUCUACUGCUGUUACGACGAGGUACACGAUAGAUGUAGAGGUGCACCCGGACGUCGCAAGCGUGGCCGUGAAGCAUGCCCUCCAGCUUCCCCGGUUUCUGCAUAACUAUCCAAUCUCGUCACAUACACAGGCCGCCUACCGCCAUGCGGUCGAUUUCGUGCUGGCGUUCCACCGUUCACCACAGGAACAGCAACAGCGAUCCCCUUCGCCUGUAGUCCUGGAUUCUGGCUGCGGCACUGGGCGCUCUAGCGUCUUGCUUGCCAGAUCUUAUCCUCACCUUCCCGUGAUAGGAAUCGACCGGUCUGCAGUGCGGCUUUCCAAAGGAGGAGGAGAUGCGGGAAAGCGGGUUGAGGAGCACAUGCAUCAACACAACAGCUCUACAAGACAAGCAGGCGCGGAGCAGGGCAGCGACGACCGCGUUGACGCACGAAGAGCUCACGGUAGCUCAGGCGAGAAGAACCGCCCCCCUUUGCAGAAGAAAGGCAAUCGUGACAAUCGACUUAGGGAGCCUCUUCCCGAAAACCUUCUACUGCUGCGCGCGGACCUUGUGGACCUGUGGAUACUGGCAUCGAGGGAAAACGCCUGGGAAAUCAAAGAACACUACAUCCUUUACCCCAAUCCGUACCCGAAGCGCUCCCAGCUACGAUCACGGUGGCACGGUCACUCUGUUUUCCCGGUCCUACUCAGCCUUGGUGGGGUGAUAACGCUACGCUCCAACUGGAGGACGUAUCUGGACGAGGUCUGCCAGGCAGUGCUGGCCAUCAAUGGGGCAGCGCAGACGACGGAGGGCGAGGGAGACUCGGCUACCGAUGAAGGCGGGGUUGGCGAUCUGGAGUCUAAGAGGACGAGCAGCGGGGGCAAAGACGGUGCCGGAGAAGUAUCUGGGAUGGAUGCAGCUGUCGCAUCAGCAGCCGUUUCCACGACGCUAUCGGCGACCGAAAGCGACGACAGCGUAGAAGCAACCCGUGUGGACGUGAGUUUUGGCAUCGGUCGAGCUUUGACUGACGAUGAAGGUAAAGCCGAAGUUCCGGCUACCGUCGCUGCCGCAGCCGCCUCUUACUCGGCUAGCGCAAGGGCUGGCCCCUUGACCUUUGUUCCAGCAGUGCCUGCUGCAACAAACUUCGAGGCAAAGUAUGUUGCAGUCGGUGAGACGGUGUACGAGCUUCGGCUAGAGCCGAAACUAUCGUAGGGACUGCAGGUUGGCAACUUCAGUUGCCUCAUCGUUUGCCAGCAUUGCGACGUAUUACAGGGGAGGGGAAUGUUGAAUACGGAUAUCACGGUACCUACGGUGAGUCAUGCAGAAAGUAUUGCUUUUCGCUGUUUCCUAGUCCGCGUCUUCCCUAGUGAAGGCUGGUGUGAUCCCUUGCUUCUUCUCCCUGUGCCUGUCGGCUAAUUAGGCUUGUUUCAGCAGGUGCCCCCGCGUUGUAGUACGCAUUGCAGGCAAUGCGCUUCCCUCCGUAGAGUUGAGAUGCUGAUGGGGACGUGUAGCUGGGUGAUGCGCGUCAAUAUUCGAUGGCAGUGUAGACUAAGAUGUACGUGGGCUACACUUGUCCAAUCAACUUAGUCUGAUACUUCAAUUGUGUAUUCCUCGCCGAACGAUGUUCAUGAGCUUCAUGUUGAUCCGCGGCACAUCAUUACACCCUCUGUUGUAGCUAUGCGGCCUCUGGACUAUGACUUAGAUGGCAACAUGCCCUUGUUUCCGUCCACAAAAUGUCCCUUCUUGCCUUCUCUAGCGUCAACGGAGGUCAGCGUCCAUGCCGUGGGUGGCCUCCCGUGAACGUUUCGCCAGAUUCGUGCAAUGCCUAUGCAAUUUUAACGGACACGGUUGGGUGAGAUGCAAUACACAAGUGCGUCCAGGCCGUGAAUAAUCGAAAUCGGACAAUACGCUCUGUUUCUGGGACGCAAGCAGAGGGUAUGAGCAUGACCACACGCCGGUGGCUGCAGUUCACGGAUGUGAUCGACAUAAAGCCUCCCUUUGGCAUGCGUUUUUGACUGGCGGCGGGUGACACACGGAGCUCGCACGCAGCGGAACAAGAAAUACCUUUAAAAAGUCAACACCAAUUCAGUGAACGUUUCCAAGCCGUGUGCAGUCAACACUGAACCAUGCGCCCUGUUUCUGGGACUCGGCCAUAUGGGGUAUGUGUAUGACUAGACUGCAAUUUGUGGAUAUCGUCGGCCUAAACCCUUUCUCUGGCGUGCGGUGUUGACUGGGCACACAUGCAGUAGGUGUUGAUUGGCCCCAAGCCGAGUGCUGCUGGAUAAGCACGGCUGUCCCGGUCGACAAUGUGAAGAGAUGGUAAAGUCGUUUUAUUGGUCGUCCUCGUAGACACAAGCAACGGAAGCGAGUGGGCACCAGGGUGCAUCACAAACACCGAGGCACGCGAGCAACAGUCGGAAGACACAUUCGGGACUCGGAACACAUGACAGCACGGAACGCGUGAAAACUUGCCAAAGAAACCACUCCCGGACAUACCCCGAAGAUCCAAAAUGACCGAUGGACGGCCAUGUACUUGCGCACAGACAAAGCUCAAAAUCACACAUGAGUACUACCGCAGUAGCCUUCGUAAGGAU